AUGUCGGCCCAAAUCCCAAUUCUUGCUGCGGACAGAGUCAGUGAUCAUGCAAAGAAGACUCUCGAUAUUGUGAAGAAGUUUGUGGAGGAGAGAUGUAUUCCCGCCGACCCCAUCUUCGCCGCACAAAUCGAGCAAUCAGGCUCGAACCGCUGGGACCACUACCCCUCUGUUAUCGACGAUCUUAAGGCUGAGGCAAAGAAGCUGGGUCUGUGGAAUCUUUUCCUGGCCAAGGGCCACUACAAGGAGGGAGCAGGCUUCACGAAUCUCGAGUAUGGGUUGAUGGCAGAGUAUCUCGGCAAGUCUAGGGUUGCAUCUGAGGCCGUUAACUGUGCAGCUCCGGAUACAGGGAACAUGGAAGUUUUGGCGAAGUAUGGGAAUGAAGCGCAGAAGAAGCAGUGGUUGCAGCCGUUGUUGAAUGGUGAUAUUCGAUCGGCUUUCUUGAUGACUGAACCGCACAUUGCUUCAUCUGAUGCGACGAACAUUCAGAUGAGCAUGGUAAAGGAUGGGAAUGACUGGGUUUUGAACGGACAGAAAUGGUGGUCAAGUGGAGCUGGUGAUCCACGUUGCAAGAUCUACAUCGUUAUGGCGAAGAGUGAUCCUGGGAACUCGGACAAGCACAGGCAGCAAUCAGUCAUUCUGGUUCCAGCUAACACUCCUGGUGUCACCAUUGAGAGAAUGUUAUCUGUCUACGGCUACGAUGAUGCUCCCCACGGCCACGGUCACAUCUCGUUCAAAAACGUCCGCGUACCAGCAUCGAAUAUUGUUCUUGGUCUUGGCCGAGGAUUUGAGAUCAUCCAGGGACGUCUUGGCCCAGGACGGAUUCACCACUGCAUGCGCACGAUCGGUGCUGCUGAGCAAGCCCUUGAAUGGAUGCUUGUCCGCAUUAACGACCCUAGAAAGACAACCUUCGGCAAGCAAUUGAAGGAUCAUGGUGUUAUUCUCGAGUGGGUUGCCAGGUCCAGGAUUGAGAUCGAUGCAGCUCGCUUGGUUGUCCUUAACGCUGCUAUAAAGGUUGACGUGUUCGGAGCCAAAGGAGCCCUCAAGGAGAUUGGAGAAGCCAAGGUUCUCGUCCCCAGCAUGGGACUGACCGUCAUCGAUCGUGCUGUGCAAUCGUUCGGAGCUGCUGGGGUCUCCCAAGAUACCCCCCUCGCUAAUAUGUGGUCAAAUAUCAGAACACUGAAAUUGGCUGAUGGACCUGAUGAGGUGCACUUGCAACAAUUGGGACGUAACGAGAACAAGAGAGGAAAGGAGAGUACUGAGUUGAUCUUAAGACAGGCAGAGAUCACCAAGAGGAUGUUUGCUGAAUACAAGGUCAGCCUCUCGCAGCCAGGGCCACAGUCCAAGCUCUGA